GUAUAAUCAAAUGCACCUCAUAAAAGUUUUAUUGAUGGACAUAAAAACAUUAUGACCUGCUUCUUAAUAAAUACAAUCAGUACACAAAUAUUACAUCCUGUGUCAAACUUACAAUAUUAUGUUCACAAAUGAAAGCUCCUUUUCAUCGAAGGAUUGCUCGAAGAAUGUAAAGUAUAAGAUUCGGCUCUGAAACGUGGGUUCGUUAUUUUACAGCAUGUUAUUACAUUUAUUUUACGAGGACUUACAAGUCAGUAGUCUAUAAAAUACUUUACAAGGGUCGAGUAUAUGACAUACCUCAUGACGAUAUCUUGUAAGAUUUUACACUCAGCUGAAAUUAUUUGCAGAGACAUCAACGAUGAGCGUUGGCUUUGAAAUAAAUGGGUGUAUUAAUCUAUGUUAAAAAAUAGUCCGUCACCGUCUAAAAGCACUGACGCAUUUUAAACAUCAAAUUCCACCGAAGAGCUUGCAGAUUCAAGUUUGACUUCCCGUAUAAUUUAAGCACUCGUCAUAUGUUUACUAAAACUACGAAAUCGAACUGAUCUGCAGAUCAGCGGAUUGAUUUACUCACUGUAUUGGUAAAUAUGAUCACGUGAUUCAUGUAACCAAUCGCUGAAGAUGAAGCCAGCAAAAAUACUAUGAUUGUUCAGAGGGAAGGUUUCCGUAACAGUGUAACCUUUUAUAUGACUGCGAAGGGAUCCAAAUAUGUCGUCGAGUACAGCUCUUAGUAACUAUUACGUGGACUCUAUUAUGGGACAUGAAGCUGAGGAUGUUUACGGAGCGCGAUAUGUCCAGAACUCCCACACUAGCUCCUCCAGGCCAUCAGGUGUCGGGGGAGAAAAUGCUGAAUUUUCCUCCUGCAGCUUUGCACCCAAGUCAGCCGUGUUUUCCACGUCCUGGUCCUCGGUUCACCCCCAGUCUACCGCUGCAGUGUCUGGGAUAUACCACCCUUACGUUCACCAGUCCCACAUCGCAGGAACAGACAACAGAUAUGUGCGUUCCUGGAUAGACCCAAUCUCAAGUCAUGUCUCUUUUUCCGGUUUCCAUGCGAACAGUCGGCAGUACAGCGCUAAGCCUGAAAAUGUGCCAUCGAAAAGGACCGAGUCAUCCACGUUUGAAGCCGAGAGCCCGAGCGUCCCCGAAUUCACAUGUGGAACAGUGUCAGAAGGCGCGGAUAAAGCCACCAAAGAUCCCGCUGGCAGUGAUGUUUCCAGUCCUAGCGAGCCCAAAGAGGAGAAGCAACAACAACUUGACCCAAGUAACCCAGCAGCUAACUGGAUUCACGCUCGUUCAACAAGGAAAAAACGUUGUCCUUACACAAAAUAUCAGACUCUAGAACUGGAGAAGGAAUUCCUAUAUAAUAUGUAUUUGACACGAGAUCGCCGAUAUGAAGUGGCUCGAAUUCUCAAUUUAACUGAAAGGCAGGUCAAAAUCUGGUUCCAGAACAGAAGAAUGAAAAUGAAAAAGAUGAACAGAGAAAGGGGCAGCAAAGAUCUACACUGACAAAUCCCAGGCGGCCGGAAAAAAAUGUUUCGUCCUUCUUUUAUGUAUGUUAUCACUUGUUGUGUUUAGAAUAAAACGCUGUUAGGGACAUGUUGUUUAAGUUCUUUGUUCUGCCAUUCUUAAAAGCUACAUGGGCUUGACUUGACGUGCAAGUUUGCUCUGCAUGCUACGUUAACAACCCAAAUAGUUUCAUAUUGGAAACCAAUAUGGAUUCGUAUUCUGUAUAACUGAACAAGGAUGUUUUUCUUGGAGCCUGACGGCUGACAAUGUGUUCAGUGCUAGUUCAUUUUGAAUACUUUUCCGGCAUUGUUGGCUUUUAAAUGCGGUAAAAUGUAAAUUUAGAGUUAUAUAGACUAUUUUGACGGCGCAAUGUGAAGACGCAUGUGGCAACUCUAUGUUGGAUAUAGGCUAAAUUAAAAGCACAGUAGCAUGCUGUGUAGAUUGAGCCAAUUAAGAGUUUCUUAAAAAUAGUCUGUCGAAUUGGGCCUUCGUAAGAUUUUGUAAAUGUAUUUAUCACUCAGUGCUUCUGUAAAUAACACUACACACCAAUUCGCACGACUAAUGAAAACUAGAGGCCUCCUUUCAAAAAUUCUGUAAAGGCUCAUCAGUAAAUUCUGUUAGGAAUCCUGAUAUCCCAAUAUCACUCUUAGCCUAAAUGCUGGUGGAAUUUUGUUUACAAAUGCACAAUCAAUUCUAAAGGCGGCCACACAGAAUUUACUACCAAAAUUAAAAAACUGGACACUUUCCAGGCUAGAGUGAGCAUUUGAAGCAGUCGUCAAUUUUAAAAAUUAACGCAAUGUUGUUUUCUUACGACAGUAUGUUUUAAUCUGGUUAUUUUGAUCAUGGUUUUUGUCCUUGUUAUAGACUUUCUGAGACUUAGUUGGCAAAUAAUGGCGUGUUUGUAAUGCUAGCGCUGCUUGAAAAAGAGUGUUAUCUAAAUUGGGGAUAGGCUUAGGAAACGAAGGAUGUGGGACGAGGUUACACUGUUGAUGGGUAUUGGUAAUAAAGUGUUUGUGAUUGGGAAAGGUGUUGCAUAGUCCCCCCCCAUUUAUUGUCAAACCUGUACCUAUAAUUGCUUUAAAGCAGGAAGAAACGUGGUCCAAUAAAGUCAUAGAGAUGGCUA